GGAGGGUCCCGGGUUCGAGCCAGAGUCCCGGGCAAGGGUGAGCCAGGCCAGGGCGGAAGGGGCGCGCCCGGGAGGUGAUCAGAAAGGAUGCGCCUGGCGGGUCAUCAAGGAGCAGGCGCGGGGACUGGCGGCGCUUGGCAGGAGGUGGACUGGAGCACCCGCCGCCUCGGGACUGGUCCGGUGCCCGGUCUGUGCUGAAUGUGUAACAUGCAGGACUGCGUUGAAACGUCGCAACCAUCUUUUGAUGGCCUUGCUCUCAGCACCGCCAUUUUCCAGAUGGGGAAACUGAGGCCCAGAGUGGCUAAGUGACUUGCUUGACAGGGAGCUCCUGGACUCAUCCCCAGGUCUGUCUGACUACACCUACCUGCCUGAGGGAGCUGAGCCAGCUGUCAGAAGCAUGCCUCUGUGCCAGGGGCGGGCCACCAGGGGCAGCAAGCCUGAUGAGGAUGGAGCUCAGCCCAUGGCUGCCCUGGGAGGGCUGAAGGUGCUUCUGCACUGGGCUGGCCCUGAUGGCGGAGAGCCCUGGGUCACCUUCAGUGAGGCCUCGCUGACGGCCGAAGACGUCUGCAUACAGAUUGCACACAAAAUUGGUAUCACUCCACCCUGCGUCAAUCUCUUCGCCCUCUUUGAUGCCCAGGCCCAAGUGUGGCUGCCCCCAAACCACAUCUUAGAGGUGUCUGGAGACCCAAGCCUGAUGCUGUAUUUCCGCAUAAGGUUUUAUUUCCGGAACUGGCAUGGCAUGAAUCCUCAGGAGCCGGCUGUGUACCGCUGUGGACCCCCAGGGGCUGAGGCUUCCUCAGAACAGGCAGAGCAUGGGGUGCAACUCCUGGACCCAGCUUCCUUUGAGUACCUCUUUGAGCAGGGCAAGCAUGAGUUUGUGAACGAUGUGGCAUCAUUGUGGGAGCUAUCGAGUGAAGAGGAGAUCCACCACUUUAAGAAUGAGAGCCUGGGCAUGGCCUUUCUGCACCUCUGCCACCUUGCUCUCCGCCACAAUGUCCCCCUGGCGCAGGUGGCCAAGGAGACCAGCUUCAAGGACUGCAUCCCGCGCUCCUUCCGACAGCAGAUCCAGCAGCAUAACGCGCUGACGCGGCUACGCCUGCGGAAUGUCUUCCGCAGGUUCCUGCGGGCCUUCCAGCCGGGCUGCCUCUCCCAGCAGGUCGUCAUGGUCAAGUACCUGGCCACACUGGAACGGCUGGCACCCCGCUUCUGCACGGAGCGUGUGCCUGUGUGCCACCUGGAGCUGCGGGCCCAGGCUGAGGGGGAGCCCUGCUACAUCCGGGACAGUGGGCAGGCCCCUCCAGCCCCCAGCCCUGAGGCUGCUGUGGGCCCCUCCACCCACGAGGUGCUAGUGACAGGCACUGGUGGCAUUCAGUGGCGGGCAGUGAAGGCAGAGGGUUCCAGUGCUUGCAGUGGCAGCAGCAGGAGUCCUCAAGCCACCCUGUCUGGGAAGAAAGCCAAGGCACACGAAGCAAGUGACCAGCCAGUGGACAGGCCACAGGAGCCGCCAUGGGCCUACUUCUGCGACUUCCAGGACAUCACCCACAUGGUGCUGAAAGAGUGCCACGUCAGCAUCCACCGGCAGGACAACAAGUGCCUGGAGCUGAGCCUGCCCUCCCGGGCCACAGCCCUGUCCUUCGUGGCGCUGGUGGAUGGCUAUUUCCGUCUGACGGCUGACUCCAGCCACUACCUGUGCCACGAGGUGGCCCCCCCACGGCUGGUGAUGAGCAUCCAGGAGGGUAUCCACGGGCCCCUGCUGGAGCCAUUUGUGCGGGCCAAGCUGCAGCUGGAGGAGGGUCUCUUCCUUAUCCACUGGAGCACCAGCCACCUCUACCGCCUCAUCCUCACGGUGGCCCAGCGUGAUCAGGCCCCCAGCGCAUGCAGCUGGCGCCUGCGCAAGUUCCCCAUCACACAGCAGGCGGGGACCUUCAUGCUGGAGGGCUGGGGCCGGGCCUUUGCCAGCAUGCACGAGCUGCGGGCCGCCUUGCAGGGCUGCUCCCUGCGGGCCGGGGACGACUGCUUCUCCCUGCGCCGCUGCUGCCUGCCACGGCCAGGAGAGAUCUCCAACCUCAUUGUCAUGCGGGGGCCUCGGACCAGCACCAGGCCACUGAACCUCAACCAGCUCAGCUUCCACCGCAUCCGCCAGGAGGAGAUCACCCAGCUGUCCCACCUGGGCCAAGGCACGAGGACCAAUGUGUACAAGGGCCUCCUGCGAGUUGAAGGCCCCGAGGAAGGCAAAGUGGAUGGUGAGGAAGCUGACAGAAGCCUUGGCCAGGACCUGAGAGUGGUGCUCAAAGUGCUGGACCCCGGUCACCACAACAUUGCCCUGGCCUUCUAUGAGACAGCCAGCCUCAUGAGCCAGGUCUCCCACGUGCACCUGGCCUUUGUGCAUGGCGUCUGCGUGCGCGGCUCUGACAACAUCAUGGUGACGGAGUACGUGGAACAUGGGCCCCUGGACGUGUGGCUGCGGCAACAGCGGGGCCAUUUGCCUAUGGCCUGGAAGGUGACAGUGGCCCAGCAGCUGGCCAGUGCCCUCAGCUACCUGGAGGACAAGAACUUGGUUCAUGGUAACGUGUGCGGCCGGAAUAUCCUGCUGGCGCGGCUGGGGCAGGCUGAGGGCACAAGCCCCUUCAUCAAGCUGAGUGACCCAGGCGUGGGCCUGGGUGCCCUCUCCAGGGAGGAGCGGGUGGAGCGGAUCCCCUGGAUAGCCCCCGAGUGCCUGCCCAGCGGGGCCAACAGCCUGAGCACGGCCGCUGACAAGUGGGGCUUUGGUGCCACCCUCCUGGAGAUCUGCUUUAAUGGGGAGGUCCCCCUGCAGGGCCAUGGCCUCUCCCAGAAAGAGCGUUUCUACCAGAAGCAGCACCAGCUGCCCGAGCCCUCGUGUCCAGAGCUGGCCAUGCUCACCAGCCAGUGCUUGACCUAUGACCCCACCCAGCGGCCAUCAUUCCGCACUAUUCUUCGCGACCUCACUCAGCUGCAGCCCCACAAACUCGUUGAUGUCUUGGCCGUGAACCCGAACUUGCUGGUGUCAGACUCCAAGGUUUUCCACAAGCGCUAUUUGAAAAAGAUCCGGGAUCUGGGCGAGGGUCACUUCGGCAAAGUCAGUUUGUACUGCUACGACCCGACCAAUGACGGCACUGGCGAGAUGGUGGCCGUGAAAGCCCUCAAGGCGGGCAGCAGCCCCCAGCUCUGCUACGGUUGGAGGCGGGAGAUCGACAUCCUGCGCACGCUCGACCACGAGCACAUCGUCAAGUACAAGGGCUGCUGCGAGGACCAAGGUGAGAAAUCGGUGCAGCUGGUCAUGGAGUACGUGCCCCUGGGCAGCCUCCGAGACUACCUGCCCCGGCACAACGUCGGGCUGGCCCAGCUGCUACUUUUCGCCCAGCAGAUCUGCGAGGGCAUGGCCUAUCUACACGCUCAGCACUACAUCCACCGAGACCUAGCUGCGCGCAACGUGCUGCUGGACAACGACAGGCUGGUCAAGAUCGGGGACUUUGGCCUAGCCAAGGCUGUGCCCGAAGGCCACGAGUACUACUGCGUGCGCGAGGAUGGGGACAGCCCUGUAUUCUGGUAUGCCCCAGAAUGCCUGAAGGAAUGUAAGUUCUACUAUGCAUCUGACGUCUGGUCCUUCGGGGUCACCCUGUAUGAAUUGCUGACGCACUGCGACUCCAGCCAGAGCCCCCCAUCGAAAUUCAUCGAGCUCAUAGGCCCCACCCAGGGGCAGAUGACCAUACCGAGACUCAUUGAGCUGCUGGAUCGAGGGGAGAGGCUGCCACAGCCUGACAAAUGUCCCUAUGAGGUCUAUCUUCUCAUGAAGAACUGCUGGGAAACAGAGGCCUCGUUCCGCCCGACCUUCCAGAACCUCAUACCCAUCUUCAAGACAGUCCACGAGAAAUACCAAGGCCAGCCUCCUUCGGUGUUUAGUGUGUGCUGAAGCACAAUAGCAGUUCUGCUUAGGGGGAUUGGAUCAGGCAGCACCUACAGAGAGAGCCUCCUCUUCCCCUCCCCCCUGUGCCUUACUCCUGUGUGGAGACCCCACCUCUGUGAACUGACUUUCCUUCCAUGGCCAUGAGCCUGACCAUGACCCUGAAGGAGUCAAUAUGGGCACGGGGCUAAUCAGACCCUUGAAUCCCAUCCUUUUGUCUUCCCCCAGCUCCCAAACUUGAAACCCACCAUUCCCACUAGCUGGUAAUAAAUUCAUCUUUCUUCUCCUGGAGGCUGUGGUCCUUGGAACCCAUCUUCAGCAAGGUGGGUCAGCUGGGGUCUGCUCUCCUGGGGACUGCAGCUAGAGCGAGACACUGCAGAAGUAGCUGGAUUCACCUACUAAACUGUCCUCACCUCUAAACCACCAUCUAGACCACUGCCUGGCACACAGAACUGGCUCUUAAUGGCUACUUAUUAAAUGUACAGAGUAUCUAGGGCUGGGGGGCAUGCAACACAUAGAUAAAACUUAGCCAGUUUCACCCUUUCCUUCCUUUUUUAAAAAAAAUUUUUGGUAGCUGGUUUGUACAGGGAUCCAAACCCUGGACCUUGGUGUUAUAACACCACAUUCUAACCAACUGAGCUAACCAGCCAGCCCUUACCCUUUCCUUCCUGUGUGACCUCAGGCAAAUAGCUUCACCUCUCUGGGCUUUAGUUCUCAACCAUGGAGAGGGUCUUGCUUGCUACCUCAUAGGACAAAUGUAAAGAGCUAACGAGGUGGUGUAUGUAACAUUCUUAGCAGCGAGACAUGCAAGCAAGUGCUUAAUAAACCUGCAAUCUUUUUGUUUUCCUGAUGUUUGCCAAAGUGUUUCUACUUCACAGAUGUGACUUGAGGUAGAUUAUCGAGUCAGACACAUUUGUGGAAGUCAGUUAAAUAAUUUCCUUCCCCAUAAAAGGCUUCUAAAGACUACAUGUUGCAGCUCUCCUGAUCAAUUCCACACUAUACUAAUGACAAUUGCUUUUAAUAUUUUUCAAAAUUAAAUGUUCCUUAUAAUUUAAAAAUCUUUUGGGGGGGAUAGUUAAUAGUGACAUGGUUCAAAAUUCAAAAACAUGUAAGAGUAGGCAAUGACAUGUCUCUUUUUUCUGUUCCUUUUCUGCCACCGAUUUCUCCUCCCUGGAGGCAACCAGUGUCAUCAUGCUUCCUGUAUUUGCCUUCAGAGGUAUUUUACCCAAUGUGUGAGUCUG